GUGAAGAGCAAUAAAGCCGCUGCUAUGGAGCAUGCAGUACAACCUGCGCAGCCAGCCUUAAAUCUACAACAAUUCCUAGCUGAUUAUAAGGCUACUCUAAGCGGUGGCAGCCAACCACCUUUCUACUUGCUGCCAGAAUGUCCAGUACCAUCCACAGUAGCCGCCAGCUGUUCAUUGGAGCUGUUGGCGGCGCCAGAUGAUAACAUAAUCGAGCACUAUGAGCCCGGCCCUGAGGUACAACGAACUAAUUUAAGAAAGCCGCAAAUGGAACAACAUGUGCCAAACACUUAUACUGCUAUAACCAAUCACAAAGCCAAAUCUCGACGUAAUCCUUUCACACGCACACAAUAUAGCUACAAAUUAGCAACACCGCCACCCAGUGUGAAGCUGCUGGACUAUGAGCUGGAAAUAACUGUGCGUUUUUAUAGACCACCGCGCGCUGCGCAUCGUUACUACAAGCUGGAGCGUCCUGUCUUUGCGGAGGAGUUUAUAUGCUUAGGCAGCAAUUAUCUAACAGAAUUGCGAGACAAAGUCAACUGCAUCUGCAAUGGCAAACGUUUUGUGGACAUCAGCGAGAAUCCAGAAGAGCCGCUUCCUGUGAUUGACAGCAAUCCUGGCUACUUUUUCAUAAACAAUACUUUCUACAAUGAUCAGCGCAAUCCAAAGAACUGCGACUAUUCUGAAACGGUGAUUAACUGGGCGCGUACGGCACAAGGAAUGGAGCAAGAAGAAUUUAAGCGUGCUGCAAUGGAGAGCACACGCUUUAUAGAUCUAACUGUUAGUCUAGGUACACCGCUGCAUUAUCUGCAUCAUGGCAACUGUGAGCAUUUGUUUGUCUUCUCGCAACUGGAGGUGCUAACGCCACAUAGCAAGCUAAUAGAUCGGGCGCUGUAUCCAUUUAUGCGCGCCUUUAACACAUUCAAUCGACGCACUUGCUACAUGUGUGGGCUGCGGUCAUAUCAUUUUAUAGUAGAGCAAUCGCGUCGACAGCUGCAUGAUCCCUCCUAUCUAUGCCGCAAAUGCUUCUAUAGUUUCAACUAUGUAAAUGGAAAGAAAGUGGGCGAGUUCAAGGCAUAUCGCAUCUAUGACCGCGAAGAACAAACAGAUGAGCAGCCUGAAAUAGAAAUCAGUGGUAAUGAGGAGUCAUCGGAUUCGGAUUGACUUGUAUUUUUAUUUCACUUUGAUAAAAUAUAUGCUGCAAACAUAAAAUUAUCAUGCUAUUAAAUAAGUUGUAAC